ACAGUGAAGAAUUUCUUAAUUCAAUUGAAUUUAACUACUGGAAACUAUCACACAAAUGAUGAUGGGAGAGAUGGCAGAUUCAGUUCAGUUGAAAGAGGAAGGCAACAAGCACUUCCAAGCAGGAGAUAUCGAGAAAGCUAUUGAGAGCUACACAAAGGCAAUCAAAGUCUGCAAGGACAAGAAAGCCCAGGCAGUUAUCUACAGAAACAGAUCAGCCUGUUUCCUAAAAAAGGAAAACUAUACCAAUGCUGCAUCAGAUGCUUCCAAAGCCAUAGAUGUGGAUGCAUCAGAUAUCAAAGCACUACACAGAAGAUGCCAAGCACUAGAGAAGCUGGGCAAACUGGACAUGGCCUUUAAAGAUGUGCAGAGAUGUGCAACACUGGAGCCUAAAAACAAGACCUUUCUGGAAACCCUCAGAAGACUUGGAGCGCAGAUCCAACAAAAGCUAAAGACCACGUUCUCCACGGACUCCAGAGUGCAGAACAUGUUUGAGAUCCUGCUAAGUGACGAAACAGAUAAAGAAAAGAAAGAAAAGGCGGCUAACAACCUGAUCGUCCUGGCUAGAGAAGAUGCCGGCUCAGAGAGAAUCUUCCAGAAUAAUGGGAUGGCUCUGCUCAUGCAGCUCAUCCAGACUGGAAACGUCGAGAUGAUUCUGGCUGCCAUCCGGACCCUGUCAGGAAUGUGCACUGGGCAUCGAGCAAGGGCCACUGCUAUCAUUCACACUGUAACAAUUGAGAAGCUGUGCAGUAUCAUGGCUAUGGAUAAUGAGGAGAUUGCUAUGGCUUCCUGUAACUUGUUCCAAGCUGUAUAUGACUCCCUGUCAGGAACGGACAGCAGAGUUUAUGGCAAAGAGGAGGCCCUUGUACUUGACUCAAGCAAGGACCUGAAGACUAUUUUGCUGGCACUGUUGGAGAUGGUUGCCAGUAAAAAGGUGUCAGGACAUGGAAGAGAUCAGGCUCUUAACCUUCUCAGCAAGAACAUGCCCAGAAAGGAUAAGAAAGACCAUGAUCAUUCCAGGUCACUAUUCACUAUUGACCAUGGCUUGACAAAGAUUCUGAAGGUGUGUGGUCAGGUGCCAGAUUUGCCUGAUCAAUUGCCCAUGACUGAAAAUACCCAACUUAUUGCCAGUGUGCUUCUCAACAAGCUCUAUGAUGACCUGCGCUGCGAUCCUGAGAGAGACAACUUCAGGGACAUCUGUGAUGAAUACAUCAAGAGCAAGUUUGACCCCAACAACAUGGACAAAAACAUUCAUGCUAUCAACGUCGUGUCAGGCUUGCUGCAGGGGCCCUUUGAUGUGGGUAACAUUCUUGCUGGUCAUCAGGGCGUGAUGGAGAUGAUGGUGGCUCUGUGUGGUUCUGAACGUGAGGUUGACCAGCUUGUGGCUAUUGAAGCUAUCAUCCAUUCUUCCACCAAAAUGAGCCGAGCCUCCUUCAUUAUCACCAAUGGAGUGUCCUUGCUCAAAGACAUCUACAAGAAGACCAAAAAUGAGAAGAUCAAGAUUAGGGCACUUGUGGGUUUGUGUAAACUGGGCUCAGCUGGAGGUGAUGAUUACGCCAUGAGACAGUUCGCUGAGGGCUCCACUGAAAAACUGGCCAAGCAAUGCAGAAAAUGGCUGUGCAACCCCACCCUUGAUGUCCGCACAAGAAAAUGGGCCAUUGAGGGUUUAGCAUACCUGACCAAUGAUGCGGAUGUGAAAGACGACUUUGUUGAGGAUGAGCCGGCCAUGAGAGCCAUGUUUGAGCUUGCCAAGUCUCGAGAUAAAACCAUCCUGUAUGCUGUCGCUUGUACACUGGUGAACUGCACCAACAGCUAUGACAAAAAAGAGAUCCUCCCUGAAAUGAUACAGCUGGCUAAGUUCUCCAAGCAGCAUGUUCCUGAGCAGCAUCCAAAGGACAAAAAAGAUUUCAUUGACAAGAGAGUAAAAAAGCUUUUGAAGGCUGGAGUGAUAUCAGCACUCACUGUGAUGGUCAAAGCUGACAGUUCCAUUUUGACGAAUCAAACCAAGGAACUGCUUGCAAGGGUAUUCCUUGCCUUGGCUGAUGAUCCAAAAGACCGUGGAACAAUUGUUGCCCAAGGUGGUGGAAAGGCUUUGAUUCCUUUGGCUCUGGAGGGAACUGACACAGGAAAAGUAAAGGCCUGCCAUGCUCUGGCUAAGAUUGCUGCCAUUACCAACCCUGAGAUUGCUUUCCCUGGUGAAAGGAUAUAUGAAGUCGUGCGACCACUGGUUUCCCUGCUAAACACAGAGAGAGAUGGUAUUCAGAACUAUGAAGCCCUGUUGAGUCUCACCAAUUUGGCAGCUCUGAAUGACAAGCUUCGAGUGAAAAUCCUGAAGGAGAAGGCACUACCAGAGAUUGAGAACUACAUGUUUGAGGAACAUGAACAAAUUAGACAGGCUGCUACAGAGUGCAUGUGCAAUCUUGUGUGCUGCAAGGAGGUUCAGGACAGAUAUCUUGAAGAUGGUAAUGACAAGCUGAAACUUCUUGUGCUCCUUUGUGGUGAGGAUGAUGAGAAGCUACAGAUUGCAGCAGCUGGUGGACUGGCUAUGCUCACUGCAGCACAAAAGAAGCUCUGUACCAAGAUAACCACAGUGACUGACCAAUGGCUUGAGAUCCUCCAGAGCGUGUGUCUUCAUGACAAUCCUCAAAUCCAACACCGUGGUAUUGUGACAGUGUUCAACAUGGUGGAUUCUGAUCCCGAGUUGGCUAAGAAGAUUAUCGAAAGUGAGAUGCUGGAGAUCCUUACCUAUAUCGCUAAGUUAGAGAACAAUCCUCAAAAACAGGCGUGUAUUGAUUCAGCACGUGCCUGUUUGUCCAAAGCAAUGGAUCUUGAACUUAUCAAACCUUUCACAAAUUAAAUAAAAGAAGUAAACUUAUUCAUUAAGUAUUAGUAGUAGAAUGUGGCUGUUUCAGCCUGCUCUGCUUUCUGGGAAAGUGGAAGUACUAUGAAGCAUCUGCUCUUUUCUCUCAGUUACGCAUGAAUAGAAUUUUUUGCUGUUUUGAUAUGAACUUUCUAAUUAAAUUUUUAUUUGAAAUAUAUUUUUUCCAUGUAUGU